GAUUCCAUUUUCCUGAUUCCGGAUCUUAUGGGUCGUCUAGCUUUCUUCACUACCCGAUGAAGAGAUAGCAGGAAAUAAGUCUGGCCAUAUUACAAGCUGCGUCCUUUUCUGGUUUUCUUCGUAUCGUUCUCAUCUGGAGGGACCGUUUUGAUCAUUUUUUGCGUUUAGGAUAUCCAAUCUGAUGUGGGUUUCUGGGCAUUCGAUCUAUACGAGUAGUAAGUUUGAUCAAGAGGAUUCAUGCCGGAAGCACCCGGGCCAAGCUGGUACCUUUUUAACGCAUAUAAAGGAAGGAGUUGAAAUUGCUUCCAAAGAUGAAGGACCUUUACUUUUGGGUUACAGACCCUUUAUGGUCCAUUUUUGGAGAGAGCUUCUUGGUGUCUUUUCUCAAAUUUCACAAAAUGGAAGGAGGUAUUCCAAGAACAGACAAAACAGAAUUUAGAGAAUGUUGUCUUACAACUUGGAAACAACCUUAUAUUAUGCAACUUGCUUUAUCUGCUGGCAUUGGAGGGCUUCUCUUUGGUUAUGAUACAGGAGUUAUCUCAGGUGCCCUUCUUUAUAUCCGAGAUGAUUUUGAAGCAGUUGCCAAGAGUACAAUUUACCAAGAAUUCAUAGUAAGCACUGCAGUAGCAGGAGCUAUGGUUGGUGCUGCAAUUGGUGGAUGGGUUAACGAUUGGAAAGGUCGAAGAAUAUCAAUCUUGGUAGCUGAUGUUUUGUUUUUUAUUGGUGCAUUAGUCAUGGCUGCCUCAAUACAUCCUAUGAUGAUAAUUUGUGGAAGGGUACUUGUUGGUAUGGGUGUUGGAAUGGCCUCCAUGACUGGACCUCUUUAUAUUUCAGAAGCUUCUCCUGCUAGAAUUAGAGGUGCCCUUGUUAGCACAAAUGCAUUGUUAAUUACAGGGGGCCAAUUUGUAGCAUACCUCAUUAAUUUGGCUUUCACAAAGGCACCUGGAACUUGGCGUUGGAUGCUUGGAGUUGCAGGGCUUCCAGCUUUGCUUCAGUUUAUAUUGAUGUGGUCACUUCCUGAGUCCCCUAGGUGGCUCUAUAGAAAGGGUAGGGUAGAGGAAGCAGUGGAUAUUUUGAGGAAAAUAUAUCCACCUCAUGAACUUGAUGAUGAGGUUGAGGCCUUGCACAAAUCAGUUGUAACUGAAAUAGCAGAGGAAAGUUCCAUUGGUGAGGUUAGCAUAAUUACUAGAGUUAGGAAAGCAUGGAGUAAUGUGGUAGUCAGAAGGGGGCUCAUUGCUGGUAUUGGAUGUCAAGUAGCUCAACAGUUUGUGGGCAUCAACACAGUCAUGUACUACAGCCCAACUAUAGUACAAUUGGCUGGGUUUGCUUCAAAUAAGACAGCCCUAGCACUCUCUCUUGUUACUUCUGGUCUUAAUGCUAUUGGUUCCAUUGUUAGUAUAUUAUUUGUUGAUAGAUAUGGAAGGAGAAAAUUGCUUCUUUGGAGUCUGUUUUUCAUCAUAGUUUGUCUUACCAGUCUUUUUGGAGUGUUCAAAGAAGCUGCUAUGCAUUCUCCACCUGUUACUCAAGUAGAAUCUGCCCACUUUGGUGCAAAUGCUACAUGUCCACUUUACUCAACAGCAAGAGAUGCAUCAACUUGGAGCUGCAUGUCCUGCAUAAAAGCAUCCUCUGAUUGUGCAUUUUGUGCCAAUGGUCAAAAUCCUGGUGCAUGUCUGGCUUUGAACCCAAGUGUAAAAAAUGCAUGUCAUGGAGAGCACCGUGAAUGGUUCACUAAAGGAUGUCCAAGCAGUUUUGGGAUCAUAGCGGUAUUCGGCUUAGGAGCAUACAUAAUUGCUUAUUCACCCGGUAUGGGAAGUGUCCCUUGGAUUCUAAACUCGGAGAUAUACCCACUGAGAUAUAGAGGAGUAUGUGGAGGGAUGGCUGCAGUUGCUAACUGGUUUUCAAACUUCGUCGUGAGCCUGACUUUCUUAACGUUGACUCAACUCCUUGGCUCAGCAUAUACAUUUCUCUUGUUUGGAUUCUUUUCAUCCUGUGCUUUUGUAUUCAUCUACUUCUAUGUACCUGAGACCAGAGGGUUGUCAUUCGAGGAGGUUGAGAAGAUGCUGGAACGAGGAUUUAAGCCCUGGCCUUUCAAUUCAAAACAAAAGAGCAGCAUUAAUGAAGCUCAAGGAAAUCAUUGAUCUAAUAAUUUUAUUUUCAUUGAUCUUAUUAGUCACGAGUUGGAGGUUUGUCCCAAUGUGAUAUGAGUGGUUUAUAGUAUCCUUUUUAAUGUGUACUCCAAGUAGGAUUCUUACUUAAGAGCACUUUCUAUUAGUAGCUUGUUGUUCUGAUUAUAAAUAAAGAUUAGACUGACCAUGAUAGAUCACAAGCAGAGUCCAAUGUGGUUCAGCAAUUUCAUCCC